AUGCCUGUGCCUUUGUCUUGCUUUUACCUUUGCCCUUGCCCCUUGUUCUCCCUCCCUCGCCCCUUGUUUUCCUCCACCUGCUGCUGCCCGCCGAUUGCCCUCCUCGUCCCGACCUUCAAGCUUCACCCUCGCCCUUCACCCCCCCUCGCCCUUUGCCCUCGCCCUUCACCACCACCCUUCACCGCUGCCCUUCGCCUCCUGCCCAGCACCCACCUGCCCAGCACCCACCUGCCCAGCACCCACCAGCAGCAGCUCAAACACAAGGGAGAGCACGAGGAGGGGAACGAGCCCCGAACAACGAGCGAGGAACGAGCCCAACGAGCGAGGAACGAGCCCAACGAGCGAGGAACGAGCCCAACGAGCGAGGAACGAGCCCAACGAGUGAGGAACGGUCCGAACGAGCAGAGGAGGGGCGGAGGGAGUGGAGGAGGGUCCCAUGAGAGGCGAAUGGAGAGCACGGAGGGGGCGGAAGGGUACAGUGGGCGCCGAACGAGCACCGGAGGGGCAGAGGGUACCUGCCGAGCAGAGGAGGGGGCGGGGGGACCACCUGUCCCCCUGAGCAGAAACAGCGCAUCAUAG